AUGUGGAGCGUUGUGGAUGCAAAACAGCGGUCCUCCAGGCGGCGCCGGGAAACGUCCGCGGCAAAGCAAAAACUGGCAGAUGCCGUCUUUGCACAGGCCCCACCGGUUUCCCCUCAAACGAUUUCGGCGGUGGUGCGUGACCUCCGUCGGACGUCGGAGGCGCUACGAGGAGUGAUGUUCGUCCGCCGUGACGUCUUGGCGCCGCUGCGGCAGUUCUUAGAGUCGCACUGCGAAGGUUGCGCACGCGUCCAUCUCAUCGCACUAGGCAUCGGGCCGUUUUCCAGGCAGGAGUCGCGCUCGGGCUUCCUGCAAAUGGCCCUCUUCUUGGCCUUGAAGAAGGAGUGCGAGGGUGCCUUGCGACGACGGUCAACGCCUCCGGGGCCCGCUGCCGCCGUUCGGGCGCGAGUUGACGCUUCCCCAGGCACCAAGGCAACGGGCUUUUCUUGCGAGGGAUCGUCUGCUCUAUGCACGAGUUUUUUUGAUCCCGCGGCCGGAGAAUUUCACGCUUGUUGCUGCGAAAAGUUGGGGGUGCGGGUGGAGACGGAGAACCGCUGUGGCGCGUACGCGCCUGCUGAUCCGCACGCCCUCCUCAUCGCGUACCUUCCGCACUCGCCGUGGGCGCUGCUUCGCAAUCUCCUCGCCUCCAAUCUUUUGCCGUGCCGCGACUCCGCUGCCGUGGGACAAGUGGGGCAGCUGCGUUCCACGCUGGUGAUCGGAAACGAUCUCCGUGGGAGGGCACCUCCGACCGACGACUUCAUGGAGAAACUUGUUCCGUAUUUGCGUUUUGGCAGGCUGCGGGCAGAGCUCGAGCGGGGCAAGCUGCGGUGCGUGGACGAGGCUGAGGAGCUGGACGGCGCCACCCCCGGCGGGCCGAGGGGGCUUAGUCGGAAUGACGUUGGGUGUGCCUUUUCUGACACCGCCGUCAUGCAACUAAAUACGGAGCUGGAGGCCGAGCUGUUAGAAGCGCUACCGCGGCUUCGUAUUCCACCACUUGUCUGCGGCGGCCCCGAGGUGGUGAGCUGA